AUGCCACGCAGGCGUGUUUCUACAGUGAACAAAGAUGCGGAUGUUGCCUCUGCUGGAACCGAGCCCGGUCCGAGUAAAGACGGCACCACUGGCGGCAACGAAGAUCCGGGGCGAGGGAGCGCGAGUCUUGCACUCCCGUCGGCGAAGAUGGAGGGAUCGGCGACAGAGGGAAAUCACAGAGACGAUCUCGGCGUCGAGCAUGCCGCAACCAAGGAGUCCGAGGCGGCGGCAACGCAACACCAUCUGACGCUUCUCCAGCCGAUCGUGGUCGAAGUUUCUGCAGCCGUGCUGGAUAAGGACAAGGUGGGGGAGCACGAGUCGGUGGGGCUGGUCGGUGGCUCUCCACCUUCUGGUGGAUGGGGUAGGCGUAGGCAGAGGAAGACCAAUGGGGAGGACGAUUAUGACACCGCCAUGCCCAGGGACCUCAUUGCGCGGGCGAAGAGGCGGCAGACGACGGGUAGUGCUGACGACGCCGGAGGCGCGGCAGUUGGGACAUCGCGAGGCGCCAAGGAAGCUAGUGGCAAGGCGGGUGGUCAAGCAUUGCGCCAAAAGGGCCGACCCGCAGCAAGACAAGCAUCUGGCGGAAGGAGAGGCAAGAAAGCAGCGACGGGAACAAAGCCGAAACGGGGCGAUGAAGAUCCUGGUGAUGCGGAGGAGGAGGAGGAUGAGGAGGAGGAUGCGGAGGGAGAGGAGGAUGAAGAUGAGGAGGAGGAGGAUAAGGAGGAGGAGGAGGAGGAGGAGGAGCAGGGUGACGACGAGGAGGAGGAUAUGGAGGAGGAGGAGGAGGCAGCGGAGGAGGAGGAGGAGGAGGAGGAGGAGGAGGAGGAGGAGGAGGAGAAGGAGGCAGCGGAGGAGGAGGAGGAGGAGGAUGUGGCGCCAGUGAAGGGACGGGGCGGGCGUGGCAGAUGGGUGAGUAGUAUAGGGAAGGAGGGGGGCAGGACUGGCCCUUCCCGAAAACGCGGGGCAGUUGACGCUGCGCGCGGCCAAGCAUCGGGCAAACCGAAGGCGCGUAAGGUGAAGGACGAAAGUGAAGGGGUUGGUAAAAAGCAAGGGAGCCAGAGAGCAAAAGGGGAUGGAGGAGGAAAGGGUGGCCGCGCCAAAGGGGUUCCAGUGGGUAUCAGCAAGAAAGAACCUGCCGGUGAAAGUGUGGAGCACGAGCAGUUUGUUACACGGGAGGAGUUCCAGGCGCUGCGGUCUGAGAUGUACGCCAUGUUUGCACAGCUCGGCCUGCGUCGUGGAGUACCUGCCAGCUAUGCCGGCGGUUCGGCAGCCCUGCCUAUGGCUGGUACCCCGCUGCCGAUGAGCGCCGUGGACAAGGCACGAGUGCUAGUGUUGCAGGAGACAAACCCAUUCCCGGUAUGUGGCGGGCCACAUGGGGAGGGUUGGGGUUGA